AAAAAUGACGGUCCCAAAAGAGAUGCUAUAUUGGACUUGAGCAAGUUCAAAAACGAAAAGUUACGAGUGAAAUUCAUCGGCGGCAGAGAAAUCAUUGGGGUGCUCAAGGGCUACGACCAGUUGAUGAAUCUCGUCUUGGAUAACGUUGAGGAAUCGCUCCGAGACCCAGACGACGACACUGUGUUGACUGAGAAGAAAAGGCAGCUAAAUGGGCUAGUAGUUGUCCGAAGCCCAUUGUUGUUGACUGUGUCGCCAGUCGAAGGAAGCGAGGUUAUCGAGAACCCUUUCACCAAGGAGUAG